AUGUCAUGCACCCGUCAAUCAAGACGCGUGCGAUAUAGCCAAGGAGAACUGGACAAACAAUUUUGGCGUGCACAGCAGCCUGGAGGUUACUUUGACCUCAAUUGGGAGAAUGGAGAUAAUCUCUGCGAUAUCAAUGGCAAUGCAAGUCUGCCUUGUACUCAGGGAUUGGUCCCGUAUUAUGUCGCCCAAGUCAACAACGUCGAUGACGUACAGAAAGCAGUCAAGUUUGCGCAUGAUCACAAGAUUAGCACCAGGGUCAAAGGCGCAUCCCACGAUUUCCUGGGAAGGUCCUCUGGAAAUGGAACGUUUGGCAUCUCGACCAUAAAGCUCAAGGGAAUCGACUUCGUCAACAGCUUCACUCUUGCUGGUGCCCCACAAGGAGCCUCCCCCGAAUCGGUCGUGCACAUCGCUGCCGGAGAGCAUUGGAUACGUACCAGCUACUCUGUGGGUGCUGCUGGUGGAUGGGUUCUAGGCGGUGGACAUUCAAGUCUCAGUCCUCAAUACGGUCUAGGCGUUGAUAACGUCCUACAAUUCGAGAUUGUAACGCCCGACGGCCAACUUCGCAUUGUGAACCAGUACCAGGAAAAAGAUCUCUUUUGGGCCUUGCGAGGUGGUGGAACUGGCUUUGGAGUGGUUACCAAAGUCACGUAUAAAACGCACCCUCCUAUCACGGCGAUCACGACAAUGCUUUUCAAUGCAACCUACACAAAUGCGUCAUUCACCAGCUUCCUGCGUGAGUACCUCGCUCUUCAACCCACUCUUUCUACGCACAACAUCUCCGGUUAUAGCACUCCUACGGCGAACGGCAUAUUUGCACAGCUUCUUAUCCAUAACUUUGCAAAUAUCACUGCGCUCAACUCGACACUCAAACCCAUGUUCGAUCUUGCGCAAUCAGAGACAAGCAAUGGACGACCUGCCAAGAUUAUAACGGGGUUUGGCGUGAUUCCUAGCUAUUUGAGCCUAUUCGACGAUCCAACUACAUUCGAUCAGGGUGCUGGUAGCUAUACAAUCUUUGGAAGUCGUCUGGCGCCUGCGAGCGCCUUCCAAGGCGACAAGGUCCAGAAACUCGCAGAUUUCAUGGUCAAGAGUCCAUUCAUCGUGAUCAUGCACUUGGUUGCCGGAAACAAAGUCAGCCAAGUUGCCGGCGAUGCGACCGCGAUACAUCCAUCAUGGCGCAAGGCGAUUCAUCACAUUAUUCUAGCGGGGGGAUGGGACAACUCCCAGCCUAUUCCCACAAGAAAUCUUAUCAGAAGCGCGUUGACGAGCGCGACUCAGGAAUUUGCAAAGUUCUUCCCCGGGUUUGGAAGCUACGUCAACGAGGAGACAUUAAUGAACCCAAGUGGCAAGAAACAUUCUGGGGGAGCAAUUAUCCUCGUCUCAACUCAAUCAAGAACAGAUAUGACCCACAGGGCAUCUUUACCUGUUUCCAUUGUGUCGGAUAUGAAGAUUAGCGGCCAGCCAUCAGGUGCCUUUUAG